GCUGAAGCCACUGGAUCGAGCAAGCUUCGUCGCCGGCAAAGAGACUCCUCGAAUUAGUAACUACAAACAGUGCGAAGGUGAACUACGACCGACUUCGAAGUCGGAGGAGUCCCCGUUUCGCGCACUUGAUCAUGCGUCUUCAGUUCUGCGGCUGAAGAAGGCGAAGAUGGACGAAAAGGAAUCUACUGAAAAAGAACAAAAUGUAGAUGGUCUUCACACUGGCGGCGAGAUCGAGAUCGUUAAAGAGACUGGAGGACGAAGGAUGAUGCCAGGGCGGGGUGAACAAACGGGACCGAAGCUCCUGCAACAGGACAGCGAAAAAAUAGCACGCUUAGAAGACGCUGGAGGUGCUGCCAGCAGUUUCUCUGUAGUUAAUACUCCCGUAGCAGCGGGUGCUGUCUGCACAACAGUUGGAAAUAAACUACACACGACCACAAAUGCAGCAGGCGCAACUACGACUCCGCGUGGAAGCUGCAAGAGCGCCGAAGAGCGGAAAAAGUAUAGCGUCGAUCAUUUGCUUCUCGAUAUGUCAUCAACCCGCACACACGGAUAUUCGCAUGUUGAUGGUCCGCCGAAGACUAAAAAUCCAGCAGCAGCAGCGUCUUCUACUUCAUCUCCUAAAGGCGACAGCUACAAGAAUGUUGACCAAUCCCAAGCAACGUCGGUGAGAAAUAGCAGGAAACAGGAUCGCACGCCAGCGAGAAGAGGUGGAGUAACGAGAAAUGGACAGUUUUUCUGUGGCGGCACCAUCCCCGCUACGCCGUGCGUGACUUCCAGAAGAGGAGAUGGAAGGCAAAAUAGUGGCGCUUUCUUCCCUACUACUACUUCGAAUCAUGACCACAAGGCGGGCAACCUGGUGAAGACGACCAAUCAAACCGCGGAAUCUACUACUACUUGCAGUAGAAAUAAGGCAGCUGCAGAAGUUGUACCAGGUGCGGCCGCCAAUGCGAGGAACAAAAAAUACACUACUACUGGAUUCCAGCAACACCGUGGACGAAAUGAACAUCAACAAAACCAUCGCAAUUAUUCCUGUGCAGCGCCUUCAAUAUCGUCCCGCCGAUUGCGAAGCCGGAGUCGUGAGCACCACCGCGGCCGUGACUACCGGCCCUCGCGUGGCGCUCCAGCGCGGAGCGAGGUGCGAAGUCGGCUGAGCAGGUACAGCAGGUCGAAUUGUCGGCAAGGCAACUACGGCUUCCGGCGUGACAGCAGAAGUAGACUCGGCGCGAAACACGAUGAUAGGAGGAUGACUGGUCAUGUUUCGACUUCCAAUCGUAACGGCUACCAGAGCCAAAGAAGUAGAGGAGAAGGGCCUCGAGCAGCGGCAGCAUCGGUGUCAAGGAGUUGCAACUACUUUCGCAGCGGCCAGAACUACUUUCGAAAUCGCGCGCAGUCACACGCGACGAGUUUUUGCAAUACAAGAAGCGCCAGCGUGGCUCCUCAGUCGGGCAGUAGACGAACAAAUCAAAACCGCCACAGUCGUGGUUCCAGACCACACAGGGACAACUGCCACGCCUCCGUUUACGGAGCCGGAGCGGCGCUUGCCGGUGCAGGAGGUAAGGAUGGACGGAGGAGCAUGCGUACUACGGGGUACCCGACCCAAAGGAGGGCCGCGUCUAUUUCUUCAAAGAACACCAAGCAGAGUCAUCAUGAUUUGCGGAGGGAACAAGGUAAAAUUUUGCACGGUAUGAACAUGUCGCGCCCUCCUCGUGACAGGUCCUGCAGACAGUAUGUGGAUGCUCGUCGAUCACGGUCGCCCCCGCGCUGCAGAGAGCAACCUGGCAGCGUCCGGGCAGCACCGCACAGCCAGAAUAAGAACCGCAACUCUUCUAGAGGCCGCGCGAAGAUGAAGGAGCCGAGUGCGGCGCAUCCUGUUGCGGAAGCGGAAGAACGGAAGCUGGAUGAACCAGGAGAAAUAAACGAAUCCCGCCGGAGCAAAAGUCGUAUGAUUGCUAGACAAGCUCAACAAGCGACGAGUUCUGUUCAUUCUAAAAUGAAACGACCUCCCGCAACAUAUCUAAAGGAUCAAGAUGAGCAGCACUUUGCAAAUGAACAAAAACAUGACCACGAAGGUCCUGGAAAUACAAGUACAACUGCGGCAGAACCGAGAACAGCAGCAGGAAUAACUGUCACGGGCGAUGACCACGGUACCGGAGAGGCCGUUGUUGCAACGGCAAGCGGUCCAGUAGAUGGUGGCGUCGAGGCUCGUCGCCCACUAGGUUCAACAUCAGCUGCGCGACAUGGCAAAACUAGUACCCCGCAGUUGUUCGUCGUCGAGACGAACAUCAACCUACAGGGGCCUGCUGCCAGCACCACCUCCGCGGCAGAGAAAUUCAAAAUACACUGGAACGCAAAUAACGGAGCAGAUGAAGAAGGGUCCUCGUCGUCGUCGUCUUCUUCCUCGUCGUCGGAGGACGAGGACCAUGAAAACAAAAAAGAGAAGACGGUGCCCGUGCGCCUCAGAGACAACCUCGGCAGGUCUCGAGAAACGCGCAACGCCCAGCGUCGUGGUGUCGCUGGUGGUCUACUGCAACGCGGGGACGGUCGUGCUGCACCAAGUCCGGCUCGUGCUGCUCGUCGUGGUGAAAGUACUGCGCAAGGAAAAAAUUUUCUGGAGAAGGCAUCUCCUACGCCACAUGCUUCUGAUGUGUUUGGCACUUCAUUGCCGAGCAGAGUCGCAGGCACGGCGCAUGACAGAGUUGUAGAACCACGCCAGCGCCGUGAGCCGCGACAGUCAACGUUGAGAACAAACGCAGCACCAAGUUCCAGGAUAACUACAAACGACCAAGGCGUGGUCUAUCAACAAAAUAAGGGACCUCCACGCGAAGAUCAUGCGCAAAAAAAAUCGCCUCUGCGUGGUAGUUGCCGUCAGAACGACCGGAAUAUUAGAAGCCCCAGUCGUGUGAGAACAAACUAUUCGAAAGCACCAGCGGAGUAUCUUGCUGGUGGCGGCGGCGGGGGGCGAGUUGGAAUAAGCAAACUAGGUGGCCAACGCGACCGCCCGCUUCCAUACGAAAAAGUGAGCCCUGCCUCUCCGAGACACCAGACGCCUGGAGUGCUGGUCCGCCGUCUACAGUCUGUUCGUCGUGGGCGGUCACGGUCCCGAGGAGGGCUUCUACAACGAGGGGGUCGUGGUUGUCCUGCCUCCCCGAGACACCAGACGCCUGGACUUCUGCGCCGCAAGCUAGUUUCCCUCAGUCGCGGUCGAUCCCGAGGUCGGGAGGGUAGUAGCAGGAGGGAAGAUCCUCAUGCCGGUGCCGAUGAACAAGAAAGAAAACGGAAUUCUGUUCAUCUUAACCAUGGUUCUCGACAGAGUCGUGCGCCGUCUCGUGCCCCGGCGAAAGGCAAAGGCGGACCACGCCGGAGGGCCACACGGGGCGGUGCACCCAUGGGCCCAAUCAGAAGGUUCGAACUUGACCAAGAGCUGCAAGAAAGCGAUCCGCCAGAGGAACGAAAGCCGCGGGACGCGGACUUAUCGCUCGGCCGCGGCCGUAGUAUAGGAAGAGGCAAGCAAGUGGAGGUGUCCGCAUACGACGCGUCAACGCCUCGAUCCAGAAAACGAGCGCGCAGCAGGCAGUCGCAAGAUCACAUCAAGGACGCGGAAAACAAAGCCACGAUUGUGGGGGAUGAUGUUUCUCCACGCAGGGAAAAGGAAAAGAACCCCCACAGCGAAAUCGACACCGCUGGAAAAAAAGGAGGUACUCAGCUGAUUUACUUCCUGCGUUUCGAAACAUUUUUGCUUGCAGAUUUCAGAAGAUCAUGAAGAUGAUGACGGGACCCCAAGGGAUUUGCAACUACCACAACUUGAUCAGCCUUUGGGUUUCUUUAUGCACGAUAAAGAGAAAAUUGACGAAAAAGAGAAAGACUUGUUCCAUUUUGAUGGCCAUCAUCAAGAUAUUUAUGAAUAGGUGCACUUGUCGGGCUCGGGGGGAACAAGCGGCAGCGACUGGCCGAGUCUGGCGACGACAGAAGUAAAUCUCCCGGCAAGCAGGGGGCUUCUUUGCCGCUUAAGAAGAACAAGGCUCCUACACGAGCUCCGCAGCGGCCCUCCGCCAGCUCCUCCUCGUCGUCCUCCAGUGGCGGGGACGACAGCAGCAGCAGUGGCAGCUGCCAGGGUUCGCGUUCCUCAUCAUCCGAAGACGAGCGCCCACCCAAGGCGCCGCAGACGCGCAAAAAAAAGGUUGUUGAGGAACAGCCUGUUAAUAUCGCCAAGGAGAGUAGUAAGAGUAACCAAUCGCGGUCUAGAUCUAGAAAGCAAAAAGGAAGCAAAGGUAAAAAUGCUAUACCGGCGCAUACGCUCGAGUUGGAGUUUUUUGAUCGCCUUCAAAUAAAUUCGAAAAUUUUCAUUUACAUUUUGCUUUAUCGUAGCGUAUCUUUUGUCUCUCUCUCUAUGAUCUGAUGAAGCGGCCGCAUGUAUGAUAUUGUGACGAUUGACUCCACGAGCACGACUACACGCUCAAAUAGGUGCAGUCGGGCAGCAGGCGGAGCCGAAGGCAGCGAGAAGUGGCGUUGCGGUGAAAGAACAAGAGGAGAUGACCGGGCCGCUGCAACAGCAGCACUUACUGCCAAACUCGCAGCAGCCGCAUUUUCUGCACCAGCAGCCUCAGCCCCACUAUCUUAUGCAGGUUUUGGUACCUGCUCCAGCAGCUAACGCGGCGGCAGCAGCCGCGCAAAGUGGAGGUGUUCACUACGCACUGCCUGUACAACCUGUGUCGGCACCUCCCGCUCUGCAGCAAUCACAGAGCGACUCGGCGGGUGGUGCACCAGCGAGCUUCUUAGUAACGACGGGACAUGCUGCCCCUGGUGGCCCACCGGGUGCUCCUGGAGCCUCUUCUACCGCCGCAAUUCAUCAAACGACGCAGCGUACUAGUUUUUCUACCCAUCUAAUACGAUACCAAGUUUAACAACAAGUAAGCCUCGCAAGAACAAUAUUCCACCUUACGAAUAACUGCAGCGUUCGCUUCUUGAGCAAAAUGACAAAUGAAUCACAUACACAUACACAUUUUGCGAAUGAUCGGUUCUCUUGUACUUACUUACACUUUACGUUUACUCGUUGUCAUUUUUUUGCGUCCAUUGACAUCUCAUCUGCAAACUCCUUCUGUAACACAGAGCCAGCUCAUGCGCAAUGGACGACCUCCAAUGGUCCUCCGACCAUGCACGAGCGCUCUGCAAACUCAGCAAGUAGCACUUCUCGUUGCGCGCCGCAGGCGGCAAGCAGUACCAGCGGACAGAGUAGAAACAUGGUGGGUACAUCAACUGGAGCAGGUAGCACCAGAUCUGGAGGAAGCAAAGCGCGGCGUGCCUCUGCUGGGUCUUCGCGGCAGAAUGUCUCGUACCACAAUGCGAUGAGCGACCCCGUCACACAAAAUUGCAUCGCCCGGUUUGGGAAGUACGCACUGGCCCACCGCACAGUCGUCGACAAAUCUUUCAUGCUCUUGGUACCAUAGUAGCACAAGGACAAGAAGGAUGUAUUGUUUUUGCAUCAGGAUUAGCAAACCACGACCGUACUACAAUUCGACGCCUCGAUUUUGUCUUCAUUGUGUUUUAGUUUUUGAUUGAUGUCACUCAUAACAUUCACGAACUUCACCAUUCCACUUCAGUUCCUGCAAAAUCCGGAGCUCCACGAGCCGUUCUUCCAAAAGCUGCAGGCUGAGAGCCCGGAGGACCAAAUCAAAACAUCCCCGGCGGAUCCGCAACGGUUCGACUUGAGCACGUUCUAUCGCGAGUUGUGGAUCGAAUUGCUCGCGUCUCGACAAAAACAACAAAUGGCCCAGCGCCAGCGAUUCCAGCAGCAAGCGUAAGCAUUGCUAUUGGUGAAGAGCUGUCGUUCUUGAGCCGAAUCGUGUUGGAGUAAUCGAGCAACGCGAACAUCAGAGCAAUGAUGAAAAGGAAAAGAACAGCUAGUAGUUGCUGCCUCUCAUCAGACUUGAGCUCAUUCAGGUGCCGCCACGACGGGUUUGCUACGCUCGCUCCUUGUUCUUCAGAAAUGUCCUAAUAUGCCUUCAACAUGUGGAAGCUCGUUCACGACAAAAGAAAACACCUAAAGAAUAUAGAAAAGUGGUCAAGAAUUGUUGUCUGUAUAGCUGGUUUUGGAAAAAAUAUUUAUUUUGCAAGGUCCUGCAUCGACAAGAACUUGAUUUGUUGGAAAGUGAAGCCUGCUACCACUAUUUGUACCUAAAUGUUCUUUUCUGUUCCGACUUGACUACAUCUUCUACAUCUACAUAUACAAAGACUUAUGCUUAUGCGGGUAUGCACACACGGACUGAAAUCUGUUGCCGUCAUGCCCGUCCUUUUCGUACAAAGAGAAAAACAAAUCUUAAUAUUUACUCCACGACCACUCCCUUGUUCGUUUAUGAAGGUUAGUAGAUCUAGAAGAUUUUUGAUAUCAUGUGGCUUUCUCGUGGCUGUCUGUUCACCGCCACGGGGAAAGUGAUGAUCUGUCUGUGGUCUGCAAAAUUUCUCUGUGUUUUUGAACACAAAGAAGAAAACAUACAGAACGUCUAUGCGCUUGGCUCGGCUCGACAAGCGGAAGAGCCCGCCGGCGCGCUCAAAC